AUGACCGUGGACGUCUCUGCCAAAGUGAAAAAAACUGGAGUACCAGCAGAGUUGAAAUCUCUUGUUAGGAUGAACGCAUGGCGUCGUACUAUAACCUCGUGUGGGUUUUGCUACUCGUUGUAAGUUGACCACUGACAUGCACAGCCAUCACGUUAGUCUAUAAGCAGUUUAUCACUUACAAAUCAUAACACGUCUUGCUUCUCACUGCAGCUAACUGAGGCACCUCUCCAAAGUCACAAUGCUUCUACGGACAUCUCUCCAUCGACAAGACCCUCCUGUGCGAAAUACGCGGUAACAGACUUUCGAGAUCUUUUUUUGUGUGCGUUUGUUGAUGUGUGCACUUAAAUUCUUAUAGAUUACUGUUCUAUUGUGUUUUCAAAAAUAAUUACGCUGUGCAUAUUCCAUUUGUACUCGUGUUUAUAGCUACAAGAGAACCUUAAUUCCUUCUUGUGGUUGGUGAAGAGAGAUCCGCCAGCUUAUUUCUUCGGAACGAUACAUGUGCCGUAUACACGAGUAUGGGAUUAUAUACCGUCAAACAGCAAGGAUGCCUUCAGGACGAGCCAGUACGUCUAUUUUGAACUUGAUUUAACUAACAAGGCUACAGUGAAUGCACUAUGGAGAUGUCAAAUGCUACCCAAGGGAGGACUUCUUAAGGACGUGUUGCCGCGAAGUAUUUAUCGACGCCUCUACAGGCACUUACGAUAUAUAAAAAAAAUGAUUCCGGUGUGGCUUAGAGACAAAGACGAUGAUUAUCGGCAAGGAAUGGCGCCGUACGCUGACAAGAUAUUUCAGCUUUUGACCAAAGAUUGGCAACAAAAGCGACCAAUAUGGGUUAUGCUGAUGGUCAAUUCUCUGACCAAAAGCGACAUUAAAAACAGGGGCAUUCCAGUGCUUGAUCAGUACCUGGCGUCCGAGGCCUCCAGGAACGAAAAGUUCACCGGAGCUGUAGAAGAGGUGGAGGAACAAUGUCGGCCGCUUAAUUCUCUCAACGACACACAGGUUUGUAGAAAAAAUUACAUAAUCCCGCAAAGCUGAUCAUGGGCAAAUGUUUUUCAGACAGAAUGCAGCUUACCGCUGACAAAAGUGGAUUAAAUGAAUUGAAACUAACAACAUUAAAUAUUUAGAGUUAAAUUGCACGCGACAUUUAAUAAGUGAACAUUUCAUUGCCCUUUAGAACGCGCCUUCAAGGGCCUCAUCCCGCGAGAAUUUAUGCGCGUCAUUGAAGCGUGAUACACGUUUUUAGGCUGUUUCCUUGAUAUUUUUCUUGCGUGAGCCGACUGGGGGGAAUACUUCUAUUACAACGCGUGAUAAUCUGUGAGUCAUCUUGGUGGUAUUCCCGGUUUUGGAAGAAACCUGUAAAAACCGUAUGGCAGUGCAUUAGCUUAGCAGCGAGAUUUUGUUUUUUUAAUGUGUGGACGCGUACAAAAUGGUCAUUGUGUUUAUCUUAGAGGUGUUGUGUAUACGGCCGUCACAAACAGUGUUCACAUCUUCUAAAUCAUGUUUUGUUAAUAGGGCUUUUCACGGUAAUUUUAAUGUGAAUUUCUGAAACGGCUUGUCAGGGUUUGAUGGCAACGUGACACAAGACAUCGCAAGGCUUUAGUUUCUCUACCUGGUACCUGAUACUUAAGAGCUAAAAUUAAUUCGAGUCUCUUCCUCUUUUACCGCAGAACGUGCUCUUUUAGUCAGUUUGUGGGUAAGAGUAUACGUGCGUGCUCAAAUUACCUAGUCUCUUUGAUGUGUUUUCUAUGUUUAGGGUUAUUGUUACGUAAAGCUAAUAAGCUAUAACCCUGUAAUAAAAACCAUUGGCGAGAUAAAACCGUGAGUAAACCUUGUUCGACUUGUGUUAGUCAAUUAAGUAAAGCGGAUUCCACGCGUGUACGCCAUUUUUCUUCAUUACCACUGGGACAUUCUUAGAGGCGGCUUUUCCUUUCGGUGUCCUGUGUUGGGCUCCGACUACAGUAUCAGUUACAAUGUUGUUUGAUGCAGCUUUUAUCGACUCUGAUAUGAAAACAUCUCGCAUCUUGUGUGUCAUUAAAAUUUCAUUACAAUCACGCCUUCUAUGUGAAAAGAUUUCCUUGCCGCACUUGGGACUAUCAGCUUAAUUACUCUGUUACUGGGGGAACAUGCACUGAAAAUAGACCUGAUCGACGAUUUUAGCCCUAAUACGAUGAAAUCCACGUAGCUUUUCAAUGAGUGGCAGCGUGGUUCUUAUGUCAACAAACUAUUUUGUAGACAAUAGUGUUAAUUAAAUCAAGAACAUGUCCUCCGCCGCGACAGAUCGAGAAAAGGCGUUUUGAUUCAGGUCAUAAGGAACGAUUGCAAUCGGUUUUACCUCACCGCAGUGUCAUUUAACUGAUGCCCUUGCUGAUCAUAACGUCACUUUCUUGAAAUACGCAAUUGUAUUUGCGAUAAAGAGAGUUGAAUAGUUGUAUUAAAAAUGGGUCGAGAGACCUACAGACGAACAAACAUUUUCCACUUGUACUGAUCACUGUCCAAUACGUUUUCUCUGUCUCUGGUAACGUGUGAAGCGUUGCAUCGUUUCUCCGGGGCAGAUUUUAGAGCCCAAACUAUGAACUUUCACAAUGCGUUUCGCUAUUGUGUUCGCUAAGUCUGUUAUUUAUUCCAUUAGCUUUAUGUUCGUUGACUUAAGCGAUAAAGGGCGGUUCUUUUUGAUGUUUAAAAUUAAAAGGUCUCUUGAUCGGGAAUCGUUCCGCCACUUGCACACAAAUCUGGGCGAGACUUUUUCAUAGUACUAUUUUGAUAAACCCGGGGUUGAAGCUUAUCUUAAAUUAGUUUUAUCUGUUGUUUUUGUUAAACAAGAAAAUUGUUAUUAUGUUGUGUCGAACAACAAUAGGGGUUUUCAAUAAGGUUUGAUUUAUAACGCAGAAAACAAAUUGCGUGAAAGGCUUUUAUCUCGAAUGCGCUCUCUUGCUCCCCGCUCUUGUAACAUUGUUUAAGUAAGAAAGAUGAAAACCUCUCUCCNGAACAUGCACUGAAAAUAGACCUGAUCGACGAUUUUAGCCCUAAUACGAUGAAAUCCGCGUAGCUUUUCAAUGAGUGGCAGCGUGGUUCUUAUGUCAACAAACUAUUUUGUAGACAAUAGUGUUAAUUAAAUCAAGAACAUGUCCUCCGCCGCGACAGAUCGAGAAAAGGCGUUUUGAUUCACGUCAUAAGGAACGAUUGCAAUCGGUUUUACCUCACCGCAGAGUGAUUUAACUGAUGCCCUUGCUGAUCAUAACGUCACUUUCUUGAAAUACGCAAUUGUGCUGGCGAUAAAGAGAGUUGAAUAGUUGUAUUAAAAAUGGGUCGAGAGACCUACAGACGAACAAACAUUUUCCACUUGUACUGAUCACUGUCCAAUAAGUUUUCUCUGUCUCUGGCAACGUGUGAAGCGUUGCAUCGUUUCUCCGGGGCAGAUUUUAGAGCCCAAACUAUGAACUUUCACAAAGCGUUUCCCUAUUGUGUUCGCUAAGUCUGUUAUUUAUUCCAUUAGCUUUAUGUUCGUUGACUUAAGCGAUAAAGGGCGGUUCUUUUUGAUGUUUGAAAUUAAAAGGUCUCUUGAUCGGGAAUCGUUCCGCCACUUGCACACAAAUCUGGGCGAGACUUUUUCAUAGUACUAUUUUGAUAAACCCGGGGUUGAAGCUUAUCUUAAAUUAGUUUUAUCUGUUGUUUUUGUUAAACAAGAAAAUUGUUAUUAUGUUGUGUCGAACAACAAUAGGGGUUUUCAAUAAGGUUUGAUUUAUAACGCAGAAAACAAAUUGCGUGAAAGGCUUUUAUCUCGAAUGCGCUCUCUUGCUCCCCGCUCUUGUAACAUUGUUUAAGUAAGAAAGAUGAAAACCUCUCUCCUUAGGGCAUUAUUGUUCAACCACCACCUGCUUAAAUUGUGGUUUUUCGUUUUCUUUGAAAUUUUAAAAGAACGUUGUCGUGUGGCAACGCAGUGUCAUAGAGAGAUAGAGGAAAACAAGAAACAAAAAAUAGGCCAAGAACACGAUUUGGCUUUGUAUUUAAGGCAUUUGUAUCUGGGAAGCCCACGUAUGACAAGAAAUGUUUUUAUGUUCCGAACUAACAAACAUCAUUUUUUUAUGAUUUCGUUUAAAGGCCUGUUAAUGCGUUCACGGAAUGAUAAGGUAACCUUAGAGCGAGCAAAUGUGGCAUUGUAGAAACUGAAUUGACCAUAUUUGCAAACUUGUUAACGAGAACCUAACUUGCCCUCUUUUGUAAGUUGAACCUCAGGGCAUAAAAACCCGAUAAUUUAGUAUAUCGAGAAAGAUAAAAUGUGUAAUCGAUUCAAUACAUACAUCUGCAUUUUGAAGAUAAUCUUGAAUUUUGAGAAAUCAAACAAACGCGAAAGUGUUUCCUCUUUCUAGACUUUGCUACACUGCAAAACUAUCACGUCCUAUGAUAACCAAACAACCUCAAUUAUAUAGUUGUCUUAUAUCAUUACCGGCCGCAAUGAACUUAUGUCAUCGAUAUACGGAUUCCUUUCACGUUUUAGGUGGCUGCAUGUUCUUGAUUCGUGGGUUUUGGUAAAUUGGGUGUUAACUAAAUAUCAGUAUUACAUUUAUCCCAAAUGAAGAAGUAGUCGCCGUCUUUUGUAUUUUCGGGUCUGUCUCCCCAUAUAUAUACAAGAAAUCAAUGGAGAUAAUAGUCCAGAAAAGAGAUAAGACUUCAGCAGUAUCAGUAAUCCAUGUUUAUUUGCGGUGUACCGAUUUAAUCUUUUUGUUAGCCAAGAACCAUUUCUCGUAUAGCCGAAGCAUGAUUUGACAAAAAUUCUUUCGCAUCUUUUCUUUUCUUCAAUGACAAUGAAUUCUACACUACAGGGAAAUUUUCAUCCGUCAACGGUUUUUGAUUUUAUACUUAGCAGCAAGCAAUUUUGAAAAUCAUGGAAAAGACAGUUUGAUGAUCUCUCUGUGAGAAAAGACAUAAAAAGGGAAAACAGUUAGAACCAUAUUAUCGUAGCGCUAUUUUAGGCGUCAGAAUUUGAGGACGUGAAUGGCUGCAUUUUUUUACCUUCCGUCCUGACUCGUGUUCAAUAAAUUUAACAUUAUUUUUCAAUUUACACGAUGUGUCUCAAUAUAGCUCAGAGUCCAAAUUCAAAAAAAAAUUCUGAUGUCUACCAUUCAGCAGGUUGUUUCAAAGAAGUCCGAAAGUUUUUUUAACCGAAUUUUGUCUGUAAACUGUAAGCCGUCCAACCAUAAUUCACCACAUUUCACCGCCAUCAAAACAAAAUUACGUUGCAGAAAUUUAGUUAGAACGGGAAAUUAUAGAAGUGGGUUGUUUUUUUUGUUAUUUUCAGUAAGUUUAUGGCGUCAGACACACUUGAUCCGGUUCAUUACAGCACGUUAUAACGUUUUUUUAAGCCGCAAAGUCAAUACGAGGGAUCAUUAAGUUGGUCAUUCCACGUCCUCCAAAUUUCUAAAAUAGAAAGUCAUAACUCACAAUUAUCUCCUCUGUCUCAUUCAGUAAUUAUUUAAUGGAAUAACAUCAUCUGAUUUAUUGCCCAUACAGGCGCCUCACUUUCCAACCAUGCGGCCCGCCUAAAAAUAAAUCUUCUAAAAAUGUGUAAAAACCCCUCUUGCCUGCUAAAAGUGAGAAGAAGUGUUCAUUUUGCUCCGUUUGUCCUAGAGUAAAUUACCAGGGGACGUGAAAUGGAAUGCUAACUGUCGAGUGUGUCUUUUUGUUUCUCGACAUUUGGUCAAAAGUUUCUCAAAAAUUUGGAUCGUGAGUAAGCGUUAAUGGCCUGGCAAGAUUAUCUGUUUGUUUGUUUUUUUCUGGCUAGACUGCUUCUGCAACCAAUCCGCGGCCGCAAAUCUUCUAAAGUGCUUAAAGUUUUCGGAACUUUAUUCCCACAAUGUAAUUUUACCCUCUCGGAUUUGUUAGAGAAUCAUGCAAAUGUCAUGUGUUAACAUCUGACUCUGUGGACGAAACCUUUAGGUGCAACCAUUCAGCGCGGCAGAUGAAGGAGGUCGCUCCUGUACCUUCACAUGGUGUUUUUGUUUUUCAACAUUUUACGAAAAUAGAUUUGUUUUUUACUGCAUUUUUAUGUGGACACUCUUUAACUGAGAGUGAGUACUUAAGUUGAGUGUUAACGCUUAUCACAAUGUAUUUUUGGGCCACGUCCAGGGGUAAUCGUGCAGAUUCGAGAAGAUGCGCCAAAUGGGUCCAUUAAUUGAUUGAUUUUUUAUGACCGCGUGUAGUGAGUCGGCAAAAAAGCUAAUGGACUACUUUCAGAGAAAUUCUUGUCAUACUUUUACUAAAACUACCUUUUCUCUCAUGAAAAACGGCCCUUGUCGAUAACACAGAGGUGUCAUUUUCAAGACAAUUCUUGGACGAAAAGAGAACGUUUCUUUUACACUGGAUACCAUAAUAUGACAUGAAAAGAUAAACGAAACCCGGUCAUCUUGCAAACCUUGUCUUCUUCCCGAAGUUAAAGACAGCUUUUAAGAGUUAACGUGUACACAUGACAGAGAUACUUCUUAACAAAAGGAAACACUUUCUGUUGCUGCAAUAACUCUUUGGGCUGCCGCGUUAGUCUGAGUUUUUAAAAGCAAGGGCGUGGUUUUCGAGGGCCUCAAAAACCAAGCCUUUACACUUCUCAAGAGUAAUGCCUCAUUAGCAAGAACUUGUUUACAACUCUACAAGAGUAUGCGGUAGAGUCGUACAUGCAAGCAUGUGAACCGCAAGACAAAUAAGAGAAGUGUACUCCGCCCUCAAGAUGAAUUAAUGGCUGUACGAGUUCCGUCAGUUCAGAGGUUAAAGUUAACCCGUCACGUGCGAAAUAACCUGGUAAACAAUAUGUUAAGGUGGCUCCGUAAUUAAUACUAGAGCAUUUUGCUGUGACAAAUUUUUCGUCAUAACUUUCUCGAUUUUAACGCGAUGGCUGCGAAAAUUUGCAAAGAACAACAGAUAUCAUUCGGCAAUAAUACGAAAUAUUCCGAUUUCAUUGAUGGUAAAUAUUUCUUGAGAAAUUAGCGCUUAAAAGGACCCUAAUAUUCAAAGAAAAUCGCGUCUUGUAAAAAAUUUUGCUGAUAUUUUUUACUGAAAUUUCUGGCAUCGGCUUCAAUUGAUAUAAUAAAUAUGCCAGAGGAAUUUCAGAAAAAUCGUUGGAGCAGAAGUCCGUAACUAAAAGUCGCUCAAAAUUCAGCUGUGAAAUUGUUUUGGAAUUUCCAAAAUAAAUUACUAUCAGGAAGAAGGAGCCACCAGUUUGAAUUUUCGGUACAAGUAAAUUCAACAUUUGCUAAUUCUUAAAACAGAAGCCGAUUGCCUAUCGUGCUAUUCUUUAAAAGGUACUUUUUAGUUUUAGAAGCACUAUAAAUUGCUCCAAACCUUGCUCUGAAGUAGAAUUACUUGUUCUUCGACAGUUUUAAAAUAUCCCUCGGCAGUUUUGGCUCAAACUCCUGCUGCAUACAUUUUGAUGUAUUGCAAUGCAUUUUCAACGACUUGUAGUGCUGUUUGUUGCUUCCAACACAGGAAAAAAGUAUUGAGAUUGGACGCUACCUCGUAUCAGAGCUCAGAUAGAACUGUCCAACACGUUUGUUUAUGACUACAAAAUGAGCACGAGCUGCAGUUCUGCGAGGAAUUGUCACCUCACCCAGGGGGGACGAACGACAAUGAUGACCAUGCCUGUGAACCGAAUAACAUCACAGUGCAAAAUAAAAUUAUCGCAAAAAUACUGCCCGUGAAUAAAUUUACAACUCUGAAAUUUUUGUCACUCCUUCCUUCAAUGAAUGGGUAUUUUUUUCUUGAUUAUUAUGUUUUGCUCUGCAAUACAUGUUUACACAGAUCGGUUCACAGACAUGGGCAUCAUUCUCUAUUUUCCAAUUCCCCAUAAUACACUCUGUUUGCCCCCCAAAUUUUGCAUAAACCAUUGUUUUUAAAUGCUCCUGGGAGUAUUGCAUUUUCCCAAGAGCAUUUUAAGACAAUAAGUUAUGCAAAACUUGGGGGGCAGACAGAGUGUAUUAUGGGGAAUUGGAAAAUAGUCAAUUGUCAUUCGUCCCCCCUAGCUGAGGUGCGAAUUCCUCGCAGAGCUGCCGCUCGUGCUCAUUUUCUGGUCAUAAACAAAGGUGCUCGACAUUUCUGUCUGAGCUUCGAUACAAGGUAGCUUACAAUCCCAAUACCUUUUUCCUGAAUUGGAAACAACGUACAGCAGGAAAAGCCGUUGAGGAUGCAUUGCAAUACAUCAAAAUGUAUGUAGAAGGAGUUUGAACCAAAAUUGCCAAGGGAUAUUUUAAAAAUGUCGAGGAACAAGCCAUUCGACGUCAGAGCAAACUUUGGAGCAAUUUAUAGUGCAUCUAAAACUGAAAAAUACCUUCUAAAGAAUAGCACGAUAGGCAAUUGGCUUCUGUUUUCAGAAUUAGCAAACACUGAAUUUACUUGUCCCGAAAAUUGAAACUGGUGUCUCCCUCUUCCUGAUAGUAAUUUAUUUUUGAAAUUCCAAAACAAUUUCACAGCUGAAUUUUGAGCGACUUUUAGUUACGGACUUCUGCUCCAACGAUUUUUCUGAAAUUCCUCUGGCAUAUUUAUUAUAUCAAUUAAAGCUGAUACUAGAAAUUUCAGUAAAAAAUAUCAGCAAAAUUUUUUACAAGACGCGAUUUUCUUUGAACAGUAGGGUCCUUUUAAGCGCUAAUUUCUCAAGAAAUAUUUACCAUCAAUGAAAUCGGAAUAUUUCGUAUUAUUGCCGAAUGAUAUCUGUUGUUCUUUGCAAAAUUUCGCAGCCAUCGCGUUAAAAUCGAAAAAGUUAUGACGAAAAAUUUGUGACAGCUAAAUGCUCUUGUAUUAAUUACGGAGCCACCUUAACGACUUUUUUUUAGAUUCACAACAGGUCAUUUUUCAACUUUUAAGAAAGACUUUUUCUUUGCGGUUGAGAUAUCCCGAAUAGGAUUAUGUCCUUUUCCCUUGUUACAAGUUGCACGUCCCAAUAAGCAACUUCUUGACAAUCUGAAUAAUCGGCGCAUUUGCAAACGAACGCGCCCGGCUUAAAAAUGCCUUAAUUUGUAGGCUGGUAAUGUUAUAAAAGCUAUUCGGUACAGUGUGAAAAUAACGUAAUAUAAAGUUUUCUGUUUUGCCUCUUCUCAUUGUAGGUUAUUUUUGCUUUGAACCAAACACUAAACUUCCAAGAAAAGUUACGGGUUGGCAAAGCAACAUUAGCAUACACGACAGAUGACUUAAUAGAUCACUACAACUGCGGUGAUUUGAACACGGUGUUGUUUUCCACGCAAACAACGCGGCUGGCAAACAUGAAUUCUAACUCAACACUUAAAGAACUGGAAAUGCAGGCUACCAGAGACAUUGAUAAAUACUUCAAGACAGAACUUAUCUUCAAAAGAAAUGAACUCAUGGCAAAGAGAGUUAUUGAUCUGUUAAACAAACACCCGGAGCGGAAUUUCUUUUUCGCGUUUGGCGCGGGUAAGUGCUUCAUCAACAUUCUUCACCAACAGCAAAGACUCCCAUUGGCUGCCUCAGUAUCAUGUGACAUCUAACAACGUAACUGUUUCCCGCCAAAACUCUCCCGAAAGUUGCUCUUCAGAGUAAAAUAAUUGUGAUACUUCGAGAAAACUUUAUGCUAAAAUUUAGCCAAGAAUGUAACACUUUGAGAAGCACAACAACUUGGCUGGUCUUGUCUUGGGUUGGCCUUUCGUCCAAAUGUUGGCUGCAAAAAGCUAGUUUUCAUCCACAAAGGCGCCAUUCUCGUUAUUAACCUUCUAAACUCCUUAAUGGUAGCCAAUGCGAAAAAGUCGCAAAAUUUUAAAUUGCUUUUUGUAAACUCCAGAGAUAUAAACAGCACUACGCAAUUCUGCCCCAGAGGUUUCAUUUGUUUGGCAACGCAAUAGGAUUGCGUCCACCCAUUUAAAAGUAAGAGUGUCCUGCCCUCAUUAUAUCUGUUGAUUAAGUGUUACCUGUUGGUACUUUUGCAGGGCAUUUUCUUGGAAAUCACAGCAUUAUUGAUAUCAUGAAACGCGAAGGAUUUACAGUAGAUCACUUAGGACCCAAUCAGAAAUUACCAAGGUAA